CAAAUACUUUGACAGUCACACUUUGACUAUCGUCGUACCAAAAAAAUCGGCUUGUAACACACUAAUUACUAAGAAGGCCUUGUCGUGCCCAAAAUCAUUGUCGGAGCAUCAUAUCCAAGAUGAGCAUAGCUGGACACUCGGUCAGGCGAGGCUUGGGCCGAAUCUCAGCCUCAACUUCGGCCUUAUUUCUCUGUGACAUGCAAGAGAAGUUCAGGCCCAUGAUUUCCUACUUUGACGAAGUGGUCCAUAACUCGAAUCGGGUCCUACAUGCGGCUAAGACCAUGAGCAUGCCCGCACUAGUCACUGAACAAUAUCCCAAGGGAUUGGGUCGCACUGUCCCAGAGUUGGAAAUUGCCAAGUACGGCUUGAAACCAUUCGAAAAGACCUGCUUCUCCAUGGUCAUUCCGAAUUUGAUGUCGCAGUUAAGCCAAGAGCAAAACGUGACCAAGUCUGUGAUCCUGUGUGGGAUUGAGACCCAUGCUUGCAUACUUCACACGACGUUGGAUCUUUUGGAACGGGAUGUGGAGGUUCAUGUCUUGGUUGAUUGUUGCUCUUCCAGAAGCAUGACUGAUAGGAAGUACGCCUUUGAGCGACUUCGGGACAUGGGAGCUUUCUUGACCACUAGUGAGUGUGUGAUCUUGGGCUUGACCGCGGAUUCAGCCCAUCCCAAGUUCAAGGCCUUGCAAAAAUUGGUAUACAACCCCGCGCCGGACACUGGGCUGCUCAAAAUGUGACAACGUCAAAUGUAACAGGCUCUGGUUUUAUUUUUAUACAUCCAGCAAUUCAAUCGUCGUAGACUAAAUAGCUAUAUUUCUAUGCUGCAAA